AUGGGUCCCAACGAUGGUGCUGCAGGCGGACCGCGUCGUGCACGAGUGGAGCGAGGCAAGCGCUCCAAGAACGGCUGCGCAACAUGUCUCGCCAAGAAGGUCAAAUGCGAUGAGCAGCAUCCCUACUGCGGUCGUUGCGUGCGUUUGCACUUGACUUGCGAAUGGACCCGACCCAAACCUUCGCUGGCUGAGAGGCGUCGAGGUUUGGGUCCUAUCAAGCGCCGUGAUAGGCAUGUUUGGUCCCCUUGCUCUAUUGUGCCAAAGGUGCAGUUGAACCAUUCGCCAAGUUCGGAUGAGUUGCCUUCAUCUGCGCGCAACAUCCAUCCUGCAGUCACCGAUGCCGGUGAUCAAGCAUUCGACAGCAGAGCUGCACAAAUUGCUUCUCGCUCACUUGCAGACUCGGAGGAGAUGAUUGAGCAAGGCCAACUCGCUGCAGUGUCUGUGCCCAAUCAAGACGAGCGUGAUACGGUACUUUCAGCAGGCUAUGGAACCCCGGUCUCCCUAUCCAACAGCGUCCACGACGGUCUGCAAGAGACUAUUUCCCUGCUGCAACUGCCUAUGUCGCCGCAUAUAUCUAUGCCGUCUAGUACAUCUUUCAUUCAUCUCGCCGACAUGGCCCCUGCUCUCGGCAGUAAUGACAAACAGGCUCUUAUCUUUCAUCGCGCGGUCUUUGCCCCUUUGAAGUCCACUCGACAUUGGACCUGUUCGGCACAGGCCUUGUUCGUGGACCGCGCAUUUGAUAAACGCAUGGCUUUCCAUUUCUUGCUCGCUCUAUCCUAUAGCGAGCUCGCUAUUUACUACGGACACGGUUCCCGACCGCCGCAGGAGUCCAAGAGGCACUUCGAACAGGGCUCUCAGUUGUUUUUGCAGACACAAAAUCCAUUCGCUUCCCCGGACCACAUCGGCACAAUGCUGUCCUUCCUCUAUCUUUAUAUGUUCUGGAUGCGACGUGAUCGGCUGGAUCCGAUGAAACUAGAGGACCUGAGCGAAUCGGUUAAGCUUUACGUGAGAGCGCACGAGCUGGACGAGCUUUGCGCCAGCGAGGAUCUUGCUUCGCUCACGGGGACCAAUUGCACGAGCCUAGCCUCUCCACCUGACCAGGCUCUGUUGGCCAGAAUUCUCGUCUAUCUUUACGAUCGCGAUGGAUUUUGCAGCUUCUUCGGCUGCGGUGGCUCCUUCGCGCGGCAGAUGAACGAAGAUGCGGAAAAGCGACGAAAGAUUUGGAUUCGGUCGCGCACUGCGUUCCUCCUUCCGCAAGCGCCUUACAAUGUAUUUGACACGGAAGACGCUGCGACCCUGGACGCUUACUUUGACUUGAUCGUUUUGCAUCAAGAAAUCAACGAAUACAGCCAGUACUCGGAGCAACAAGCAGCCGAAAUCGAACCCCGACUGCGACGUCGAAUGGAAGCGGUUCAAAAGGACCAUCUCUUUCUUCCAUUUGCUGGACCGGAAAGCAACGCUCGACUCUCGCUUAUGUCGUAUGUUACGAUAACCUUCUUCCAUGCCCUCCAGGUGUAUUUCUACCGAAGUCGUGCAUCUGGCUUCGGGCAGCGACCGGUCUCAAGCGAGCUGCAGACGGCUCUAAACACGCUAGUCUCGACUGCAUAUCACACUAUCAAUGCUGGAUCGGUCCAGCUGCUGGAACGAUUCCAGUGGUCGCUGUUCAUUGGGGCCCUGGAGACCCAUGACCCCGUUCAUCGGCAGUGGCUCGUGGACCACAUUUCUGAUCCGGGCCUCAGAGAAGGGAUCCAGUUGAUCCAGACGAUCAAGCAAGCAUCUGCCAAUUGCAUCACGAUGGCGAAACUCAGAUGGCUGAUCGGCGGAACUAACUCGGGCGGGCUAGUUGGUGCGCUUCGGUAA